AUGUUCGAUCAGGAUGGCGACGGAACGCUCAGCUACGAUGAGUUCGAAUUCGGUCUCAACUUUCCGUGGCCGUCGGCCGAAGACGCGACUCGUGGCCGUGCUGUUUUCGGCUUCCACGAGCCUCGGCCCGCUUUCGAUGACGCCGAUCGCAACGGCGAUGGCUUCCUCGACCUCGACGAGAUGGAGCUGCUGCUCACACAAGAGGAGAACUUCCUCCUUCAGAGCACGGCGGAAGCCGCUUAUCACAAUGUGACUCAGCAAGAGGGCAAAUGUUUGACAAUGAGCGAUAACGCGGCGUCCUGCCGGACCGAACAGCUCCUUUCGUGCGCAAGCCAUAUAGCCAUCGCGGAGAACUCGUGUCGGCCCCACGGUAGCAAUGCCGUCGAGCGCUGCAUCCUCAGCUCGGACUGCAGCAGCAUGUGCGCUUGCAUCAGAAGGGCAGAAGACUACGCCCUGCUGCCUCGAUCCGCGUCAGAAGCGCUCGUACAAGACUCGCUCGAAAAGCGCCUGGUACCGCUGGUGAUCGGCGCCGUUAUUGUUGCUGGCGUCGGUAUUGCGGCUCAGAUCGACAAGCUCACGAGCGAUAUUCAACUAGGAAACGACCUCGAGAUGGCCGAGCUCUACAGCGGCUACGUCUGGGACAAGAAGACGCCGCAACGCCCUUGCAGCUUGAGCGUCUUCUGGUCCGACUCUUGCGGUUUCAUCAACACGCGCGUGUCGGCUUCUUGCACGCCGACAGGUACCCGGUGA